CUUUUAGUUUUACAUUUACUUUAUAGUGACAAUGGGAAUGGCUAGUAUGGCUCAUGAUUAAUUCAUCCGCGAGUGGCAAGAGCAACUUAAUUAUACCAAAAUGGACCGCCUGCUUCAGUCGAAGGCCGCCGAGCAUCCUCCAUCGGCAGCUAGCCUCUUGAGGCUAUUUCACGGCGCUUUAAAUGACGCCAAAAAUGCACAGUCGUGGUCAACGCAUACUUCAUCUCCGAAGGCCGUUGCAGAUCAGCUUGACGCAUUAUACUGGUGUUGGACGACGCUAACAUCAACUACUUCCGAAUCCGAAGAUACGAAUUCGACGGCUUCUGCUGUAGUUGGUGCAUUGCCCUUCGACAAAGCGAGUCAUUUGUGGUAUGCUGCAGUGGGACAAUGUGCGCAGCAGGUUGCACGGUACAGAAAAGGAGAGGGACAACGAGAUGAGAGCCAAUUAUCUGCUGCGACGUCGCACAAGAUGAUGAUAGAAACAUGCUGGCGCUUGUGGCUUGCUGCUGACACUAUGACGGAAUUAUGGCCUCUCAGCGCUAAGACGGCAGCUGGUUGUACCUGGGCCGAACUACAGCUUGUUGCACUCUGUAAGCUUGUGCAGGCUGACCUUGAAUUUGAUACAUCAUUGGAGAGCACAGUAAAAGAGGGCGUGCCACGGAGGAUCGAAGCACUAGUUCGUCUUUUUCAAGAGUCCCUGAGCUCGCGACAACAAAAUGAAGCAGAACAAAUAAAAGUAGUCUGGGGAAAAGUUAUGCGACCUCCAACUCUGUGGGCGGCACUGUUGAAACUUGCGCGGGCUGCACCUGCAGCUUCUUCCGAUCUUCAGGAGGGUGGCGAAAUAGAAGAUGCUAUGCGGAGUCAUGCAAGUGCCUGCUCAAAAAUCUCAUCACAACUAUGGGUAUCGUGUGCGCUUGCAGUCUAUGACGAGCCGUCCUGUGAGAAAACGCUGUGCUCCUGCUCUCCUUCUCAAGAAGCCAGAAAUCUCGCGUUAGUAGUGGAGACUCUACUUCUCGAAAGUAGAAGGGACGACCGACACAUCAAGAACCUCACUUCCGUCGUUUUUCGUUCCUGCUUGCAGCAUUGCCCACAGCAUGCGAUGAAAGUGCUGAAGGGCGCUUUUCAAGUAAUGCGAGUAGAAGAACUGCGCAACAAUACCACUACUAGCACAACAACUAGCACAACAACUACUGGCGGGCCAGAAGAAAGAACAAUAUUAGCAGGGAAGACAAUACUAGGUGCAAUCACGCAGAAGUCUGCUACCGAUGAGAACAUACCAAUGCUGGAGCGCUUCCCUCAUAGUUUUCUACUUCUUUGCUUGUACGCACUUGUGGAAAAAGCGGACGAAUUCGAUGAUCUGGUGAGUUGUUCUGAAGGGAAUCCCCGAAGAUGUGGCUUCGACUUCGAUUCAUCGACCACGGUUCUUCAAGAGGCUGCUGUUUUCCAUCGAGCGAUAGUCGCAUCAAACGGUAGCAGUUUGCGCAGUCGACUAAAACAUCAAGCCGCGGUUGUAAAGAACUUUCAUCAACUUGACGAGUCGAAUUUUGGCCUUCUCUUGGUCACCGACCUUGUUGUGGACUCAUUUCUUCAGCUCGCGGAGAAGUUUGAGAAGGACGCGUCUUCUUCGUCUCCACAAACACGGCGUAGUGGAAAGGAUGACACUAAAAUUAAGUUUAAGGCUCAAGAACUUUCAAUUAUGUUGGAGGUCAUUGGGGUUCGUUCCUCACUGGUGAGAUCGAAGAGGUGUUGACCCGUUGAGAGAACAGGGGAAAACGAAGGGAAAGGGGAGAGCUUUGAACGGGGUCUCUUCCGUACUGAGCUUUAAUAAAGCCAUCUCCUCAAUGUGUGCGCAACUGAGAGCCUCCGCUGUGGACCUUGCAGGAUUGUGCGUUCUCGCAAAUAAUGGCACCAAUUCGACUAGAAGCGCAGGUUCUCGAGAUCAGCGCUCUGUGCACCGUGCACUAUGUUCCUUCGCAAACGCAACAGUGCCGGAGACGUACGAUAACCGCGUCUGGUCAGCCGUUUUUCACAGGAUGAACCAAAUUGUGGAUGAUUAUUUGACUCGUGCAACAGGUCGUGCAAGUAGUACAAGUAGUGUUGCUGUAAUCUUCGAGAGGUUUCUCCGUGACUACAACGUGAUCAAUUGUAGCCAACAAUCGGUUGUCGAUGGUCGAGGUCCUCGACAAGAAGCACUUCUCGGCCAAGCUGCUCAGUUCAGUAUUACGGUUUCUCGGAGUUUGUUGCAUCAACGAACAAUUUCUGAAAAAGUAGAUGAGAAUAGGAAGAGGGAGGUGCAAGACUUGAUCGCUCUGCUAGAGAAAGUGGCAGAGAGGGCGGUACUCACACAGGGGAGCGAUGACGACCACGACGACGUUGCAAUCACGCUCACACGUCUAGUAUGCGAAUUGCGCAUCGAUGAAUCGUCGCAAUCAGAACCCGCCUCACUGGAGCGCGUUUUGGCAGACUUGGACGAAAUGUGGACUCGCCUUGAGAUCGCAACAGGCGAUCAAAAUCUUCAAACUUUACAUACAUCUCCAUUGUUUCGACUUGCUUGUGCGGAUGCGUAUCUUCGACUGAUGCGUAGGGCGAUGAAAUCUUCACCUUCUGAUACUAAUACUGGCACUGCUGCAAUAAACGCAAAUUCGAAAACGACUAUGAGAGGAGCAACAUUUUUGGUAUCCGCUACGACGCAGGUCUGUGGGGCAGUACGUGUUUUGCUGCAUCGGUCCUGCAGUUUGGCUGAGUGUCGUGCACUUAUCGAUGUUGCUGUUUCGCUGCUUGCUAUAGAUUUGAAGCAGUUUUUCUGCGAUAUUUCGUCGGAAGCGCCAGUAAAUCGUCUAACCAGCACGAUGCGUUUGGUACUGAGUUCAACCAUUUGCGCACACUCCCACCUCUUCCCUGGCGGAAAGCCGAGAACCAUACCACAGGACGAGCAGGCUUCAAAUUCAAUACUCGGCUCUACGACUUACGUGAUUUGUCGAGGUAACCUGCUAGUGGCGCAACUUGGCGGAAUAGGAAAUCGAGAAACAACCGCCCCGCUCUUAGAGCAAGCGUUUGUUCAUGUUCUCAGGACUGAUGAGUGCAGCCUGUCUUCAGGUUCGGCCGUAUCGACAGACAUGAAAGGCGACAACAGUGAACGUCUGUCGCGAAACCAAUUGGUUGAAACUGUCAAAGCAAUAGUAUCGCGUGUUGUUGACAACGUGCCCAGCUCCAGUUCCUCUUCUUCACCACUCCAGAUUGUCCCCAAGCGAGACCUCCGAGUUCUGACAGACGCUUUCAUAUCGAUAUCCCACGAGUUCUUGGAGCCGUAUGGUUUUUCUCGCGAUGCUGGCGCUGCCUCUUUGGCCGCGUCCUCACUCAUAGCGGAAAAAGUGGAACGCAAACGAGAGACUUGCAAAAUGAAACGAGCAGAAAAGACGAGGAACAUACGAGAUUCGCCGUCAUCUGAUUCAGAAAAACAAGCGGUCGCAGAGUGCCUGGCGACUGCCUUGCGCGCAUGGCGGCUGAUCAAUACUUCAGGUGUGCUAGAAAAUGAUGAUGCUGAUCAUGAGCAGACGGUUUCAUCCGGCAGCAAAUCCAUGCCUCUGUUGCAAACGAUAGCGGGGAUGAUCGAAACCAGCUUUCAAGCAGCGGAAAAUACCCCGAUGAACAUGACACCAGCGAUGCUCUCCCUUCACGUGGAGUUCGUGCGUGUAGCAUGUUGUGGUGUUCGACAGUCUUGUGCUUCUUCAUCUGUAGUCGCUCAGCCAUGGUUCAGGCAAAUAGCCGAACGUUUGUGGUGUUACUUUUGUAAAGAAGCCGCACCAUUUUCAGCACCAGCUUUAUCAGCUUCUGAACAGCAGAAGAUGGAGGAAACAGCGGACGUGCAGCAUGAUGUUGUUCAAACAAACGACAUACCAACUCCAAGAGGGACUCCACGCAAGAACGGUGCUGAGGAUAUAGCCACCGAGACCGAGGACAAGACUUCUAUUUCCAAUCGAGUAGCAGACCACCACGAGGACAGCUGCACCAAGGACGAUUCUUCGACGUUCCAGGAUAUUGCCGUCGUGCUCCGAGCGCUCGCCUGGUCCCAAAGGACGCCCUUCCCGUCACGUCUUGCAUUACUGCUGCACGCCGCCAAGCUUCUCGCAGGUACCACAAUCGUCCGAAAUCUCUCAGAACAUGCUGUUUUUGGCUGCGAAUUGCACUGGGAUAUCGCGCACUCCUAUCGACGGGCUGGUCUAGACCGUUGGGCGGAGCAUUGGCUUGACAGUGGUGCUCGUUUUGCAGAAAGAUUCUCUGGAUGCGAUGAAUGGGCAAAGCGUUUUCGUAGUGUUAGUUCUUGCAAGGAAGACCAAGAAAGGCGCAAUGUUGCAAAUGCACCAGUUGUAGAUGAAGACGCAGAUGCUCACCCGGACGAAGUGAACGAGACGUACUACACAAACGAAAAUCAGUGGUGUCUUCUUGGGGAUACGGCAGAAGCCUUCGACUUUAGCGACGAAAUCAAUAGAAUUCGAGGCGAUCUAGAGCGCGUAGAAACCACCCACCUUCAGAAGAUUGAAGCGAUUUUACUGGCGAAGGAAUCUAGAAAAGAGUCGGAUGCUGUUGAUGAUGAUACCAGCACCACUCCCCUCGAGAACACCGACCUCAAUGGCGACGUCGCGCCACCUCGAAAGCGACGGAAAAUAGAGGAGGGAAAAGACGAUGCGAUGCUGGUAGAUCACAGCCUAGGCACGACACUGCGACUCGCUCAGUCGCUUUGUCAAGCACUGACAACGGGUGACUUUCGCGAAGUCAAAAAAUCUGCAAAGUUGCUGUUGCAGUUUGUGGUGGAUCUGCGGGAUAGCCUUUGCCUUGGGACAUCAACGCCAAGUACUCGUUUCGCUGAAUCAACUACAGUUAAGGCUCAACUUUCAAUGGUCAUUGGAGUUGGUCACUGAGAUCGAAGAGGUGGCGACCCGUUGAGAGAACAGGGGAAAACGAAGGGAAAGGGGAGAGCUUUGAAGGGGGUCUCUUCCCUUCCGAGUCAGUGACCAAUGAAUGCUGAGCUUUAAUACAGGCCUCGAAGAUUUCGAAAACACAACCACGCGACUUAUCCAGCAGUUGGCUCCGCUGUGUGCUGCCUCCUGGGGCAGUUGGAUGCUGUAUGAAGUGCGAAGCUUGCAAGGGUUUCUGGCGAGUCGUGAGGUUCUGCCGACGUGGAGUGAGAUGGAAACUCUCCUUUUUCCUGAGCAGACGAGGAGUGACCAGCCUGACCAGGCUCCAUUACCACAGCCAGAGAUGCGAGUAAGAAGGGGUUCUUCUUAUGGUGGAGGUACAGGCAUCGCGGCAGAUGAUGCGAAUCAACAAGGAGCUAAAACUAUCAAAAGCGCUCCUGCCGACGAUGACGAUCUUCCGCUAGAAAACGUCGGCACGACAAAAGUUGCGUCUAGCGUCGGAGCAGAACGAGUUCCAUCCGUUUUCAUUCACGUUCUCAGCGAGCCGCAGCUGCGGUUAGACGAAGACGGGAGCAAUGAGAAGCUGCACACAAUGUUUUUCACCAGUUCUGCCGGUUUUUCUUGCCGCCUUCGGAAUGUUCCGGUGCAGCGGAUGAUGCACAGUCUCGCGGAGCUUCUGGACGAGAACCGUAGAGAUGUGAAACAAGUACAAAGAAGCAUUGCUGGUGAAGCCACAAGACAGGUAGACGAUAGUGUCAAACAACGAUUCUGGGAUCGACGGCAAGAAUUUGACGAACGGCUUCAGAAAUGGCUAGAGAAUUUCGAGGCAAUGACUUUGGGGCGAUUGAGGUGUAGCGAAAGGGAGGAACUUUUUGGAGGUUUCCUGCGAAAGACUGAAGAUGUCGAACAAGAAAUGGGGAUCAUGGGAGAGCAGUCUUCAGAAGACGCAACCUCUUUCAACAGAUCACCAGCGGUUUUGUUAUACCUCGACGCUGCGAUUACGAAUGCACCUGUUGAGCAUAUGCCAUUGCUGCGGGGUUUGCCUAUUGCAAGAGCACUGGCACCCAACAUGAUGGCCUCAGAAGAUGUGGAAAUAGUAGAGUAUCUUCAUACGAAAAAAAAGACCACGACGGAGGAUGAGGACCAAAGUGCGAGGUCUGCAAUUCUACUAGGGUCUUCAGCAACAGGAGGAGCUAAAAAAAACGAUAGAGCAGGCAAUAGUUCAGGUUUCUACGUUUUGAACCCGAAGAACGAUGCGGAAGUGCACGAUAAGAAGCUUCUUCCCGUUCUAAGGCGCCUGCAAUGGAGUGGCACAGUGGGAAAGGCACCGUCAAAGCGAAAACUUUUUGACCUCCUUUGUGAACGCGAUACCUUCCUUUUCUCAGGACACUAUGGCGGGGAGCAAUACGUGAACGCGGAACAGCUGGAGCUUGGACGGAGCAAGGGGCUGAAAAAGAUACGGGCUGUGGAUGAGAAGAAGAAGCCUCCUCUUUCUGAAGGAAAACAUGUUAGAGGAUUCGCUCGAGAAGGCACGGAUCAAGAUCCAAAUCGUGUGUGUGAGGAUGAUCGCAUCAAGAAAGCGAUGGUGCCCAUAUUGAAGGAACAUACCAUAUCAAAGGACGCGCUCGCAGCCUCCCUCUUGAUGGGCUGCUCUUCCACAAAGCAGUAUGCUGCGGGCUACGGUGAUGAAGGCUUCGGAACACAUGCCCAUUACCUCAUCGGAGGUGCGCCGGUUGUGGUUGGGUGUCUCUGGGAAGUCCUGGCAGGAGAAGUCGAUAAAUUCACGGCAAAUGUGUUGAAUGACUGGCACGAAGAUGAAAAACGCAGCUCCUCUAGUACAGCUUCAGGAGCAGCUUCCUUGUUGCGUUGUCUAGAAGGAAAUAGGCAGAAAUGUCGUCUACCGCAUCUCACGGGAUGUGCAGUGGUACAAUUUGGAUUGCCAAGAAGAACAACGAACUAAUAACUGCUUUCUGUGUCCUGUAGACUAAAAGUGGUGGAACUCCGGGCUUACUACCUGCGAUUUCAGCACUGGAUGAAGAUGCAU